AAGCGGGUUUUGAAAACAAAGCAGCCUCGAAGAAGGGGAGCAAGAGGCCAGGAUCCAGGCCUCCAUCCCCACAGGUGUGAAGCCACACCCGGGAGGUCCCCUCCCACCCCCAUAGUUGCCAUGGGUCCCGGAGGAGCUGCUGGAGCUGCUGGAGGGUCAGCCGACUGCCCUCCCCCUCCCCCGCCCCCUCCCCCCAACAACAACAACAACAACAAAGGCAACCAGAGCCCCUGCGUCCCCAACAUGACGGAGCGCAGGCGGGACGAGCUGUCUGAAGAGAUCAACAACCUGAGAGAGAAGGUCAUCAGGCAGUCUGAGGAGAACAACAACCUGCAGAGCCAGGUGCAGAAGCUGACCGAGGAGAACAGCACCCUCCGUGAGCAGGUGGAGGUGGAGCCUGUCCCCGAGGAUGAUGAAGACGACAUUGAGCUGCAGGGUGCCGCGGCGGCUGCCGUGCCCACCACCCCCAUCGAGGAAGAGUGCCCCGAAGACCUGCCAGAGAAGUUCGAUGGCAACCCUGACAUGCUGGCUCCCUUCAUGUCCCAGUGCCAGGUCUUCAUGGAGAAGAGCACCCGCGACUUCUCACUUGACCGCGUCCGUGUCUGCUUCGUGACAAGCAUGAUGACCGGCCGUGCUGCCCGCUGGGCCUCUGCCAAGCUGGAGCGAUCCAAUUACCUGAUGCACAACUACCCGGCCUUCAUGAUGGAAAUGAAGCACGUCUUCGAAGACCCUCAGAGGCGAGAGGCUGCCAAACGCAAGAUCAGACGCCUGCGCCAGGGCCUGGGGUCCGUCGUCGAUUAUUCCAACGCCUUCCAGAUGAUCGCCCAGGACCUGGAUUGGAACGAGCCUGCCCUGAUUGACCAGUACCACGAAGGCCUCAGUGACCAGAUUCAGGAGGAGCUGUCCCACAUCGAAGCCCCCAAGACCCUGUCUGCGCUGAUCGGCCAGUGCAUCCACAUCGAGAGAAGGCUGGCCCGUGCUGCUGCUGCUCGCAAGCCGCGCUCCCCACCCCGGGCGCUGGUGUUGCCCAACGCAGGUCACCAGGUGGAUCCGACCGAGCCGGUGGGAGGUGCCCGCAUGCGCCUGACCCAGGAAGAGAAGGAGAGACGCCGAAAGCUGAACCUCUGCCUCUACUGCGGCAACGGAGGGCACUACGCCGACAACUGUCCUGCCAAGGCCUCCAAGAAUUCGCGCGGGAAACUCCCCGGCCCCGCUGUAGAGGGACCUUCAGCGACCGGGCCAGAAUUAAUAAGGUCCCCACAAGAUGAUGCUGUCUCUGCGCCACACCUGCAAGUGAUGCUCCAGAUCCAUCUCCCGGGCAGACACGCCCUGUUCGUCCGAGCCAUGAUCGAUUCUGGUGCCUCUGGCAACUUCAUUGAUCAAGAAUACGUCAUACAGAAUGCAAUUCCUGUAAGAGUCAAGGACUGGCCAAUUCUCGUGGAAGCAAUCGACGGGCGCCCCGUGGCAUCCGGCCCCAUUGUCCACGAAACCCACCACCUGUUCGUCGACCUGGGUGAUCACCGAGAGGUGCUGUCAUUCGAUGUGACUCAGUCUCCGUUCUUUCCCGUCGUCCUGGGGGUUCGCUGGCUGACCAUCCAUGACCCCAACAUCACCUGGAGCACCCGAUCAAUCGUCUUCGACUCCGAUUACUGCCGCUACCACUGCCGGAUGUACUCGGCCAUACCUCCACCGCUCCCACCACCACCGGGGCCGCACCCGACCCUUUACUUCCCAGUAGAAGGCGGGUACAGAGUUUACCACCCAGUGAGGUAUUACUAUGUCCAGAAUGUGUACACCCCAGUGGAUCACCACCACUACCCGGAUCACCGGCUGGUCGAUCCUCACAUAGAAAUGAUCCCUGGAGCACACAGCAUCCCCAGUGGACAUGUGUACUCCCUGUCUGAACCGGAAAUGGCUGCUCUCCGAGAUUUCGUGGCGAGAAAUGUGAAGGAUGGGCUAAUCACCCCCACCAUCGCACCCAACGGCGCACAAGUUCUCCAGGUGAAGAGGGGCUGGAAGCUGCAAGUCACUUACAAUUGCCGGGCUCCGAACCACGUCACCAUCCAACAUCAGUACCCUCGCCUGUCUAUUCCAAACCUAGAAGACCAAGCGCACCUGGCCACUUACACUGAAUACGUUCCUCAAGUACAUGGAUACCACUCGUACCCCACCUACGCGUACCCGACCUACCCCGUAGGAUUCGCGUGGUACCCCGUGGGGCGAGAUGGGCAUGGAAGAUCUCUCUACGUACCUGUGAUGGUCACCUGGAAUCCACACUGGUACCGCCAGCCUCCGGUACCCCAGUAUCCGCCGCCGCAGCCGCCGCCGCCGCCGCCGCCGCCACCCCCGCCACCACCUUCAUCGUCCUACACCAUGUAA